AUGCUAGGAGCAUCAACAGGAGGUCUGUCAAGCGGCGAUGCGAGCAAUGUCUCGCUCUCUGUCAAUUAUCUGCCGACCAAGUUUUCGAGCGGGAUGCUUAAUGCCGAGUUGGAGGGGAAGAGCGGGACGAGGAGGAGGAGAGGGAAGGGGGCUAUCAGGGAUGUUGAUGUGAUGUUGAAGGUUCCGAAGAUGGGAGGAGGGUUGGAUGCGUUCAAGGCUGGUGAAGCUAGGAUGGGAGGGGAGGACGAGGAUGCCGACCUAUAUGACACUAGUCGGUCGACGUCGAGCAGCUUUGGAAAAGUCAUGUUCUGGAAGAAGGACAAGAAACGACGCCAAGGAUCAUCACCGCCUAAAGAAAUGCGAUGGAACCGCUUCAAAUGGAUACUAUUCAUCUCCAAUACCGUGCUCACAAUCUACUCCUUCGCAUGCCUCAUCGUCUGCCUCCUACUCUGGUUCGGUGCCUGGCAACACGCGGACGUCGUGCGCGUAGGGAACAGGACGGAACUCAUUAUCUCCACUCUCGCCUCGUGUAUGGGGUUGUUCACCUGUUUGCUUGGGUGGGCUGGGAUCUUGAUGAACAACCGGGUGUUCUUGGCGAUUUACAGUUUCCUGCUGUGGAUCACAUUCAUUUUCCUCGUCAUUCCCGGAUACCUCACCUAUAAACGACGCACGUUCAACCUCGAAGGCAAGAUCAAUGCGCAGUGGUCGAGGGAUUUGGGACCUGUUGGAAGGAUUACGAUCCAGAACUCGUUGUCGUGUUGCGGGUAUUUCAGUCCGUAUGUGGAGGCGACUGUCAGCCAGACGUGUUAUAGCCGAAGCGUAUUACCUGGGUGCAAGAAGGCGUAUAUCGAUUUUGAGAGGGACGUGUUGCAGAAGUGGUAUACGGUGGUGUUCGCCAUCGUUCCCGUCCACCUCGUCAUUAUGACUGCCGCGUUGCUUUGCUCCAACCACGUCACCUACCGCUUUGGAAAAGGGAUGAUGCCGAAGAGGUAUAGGUUGAGUUUGAGUAGUAUGGCGCUGAUCAUGGAGAAUUAUGCCCAGCAGUUGGUGGAAAGGUAUGGGACUGAUGUGGCCUCGGAUAUAAUGUCCCAGUCGAAGAGCCAAGUGAAGUUGGGUUCGCAGUUGCCUCAGGAUAUGGCCCCGACUUUACCGUAUCUGGCCUUGGGGAAUGUUGGGUCACUUUCGAGUGCUGGGACUAGUUUGUUGAACAACAGCAGUAAAUGA